AUGACUUCUAAUAUCCCCGACUUCAUUCUCGUAUGCCAAGAUGAAGCCUUCAUCACAGCCUUCAACGAAGCCCUCAGCCAACUCUGGCCGAGCCACCAUCCAGACAAGAUCAAAUUCACCACACUCAACGAGCGCCUGAACAGCCUCCCACCCGCAACAAAAUUCGACCUAAUCGUCUCCCCGGCAAACUCUUACGGCCGUCUAGAUGGCGGCUUUGACCACGCCAUCUCGAAAACAUUCAGCCCGCGCAAUGAUUACCAUGCUCUCACUCGCGCGGCGCAGCUAGUUCUUUACGACAAAUGGAGAGGGUUCGCACCGCCUGGUACAUGCACCUUGGUUGAAUUCCCCGAGGCACUCAAGGCAAACGAACCGGGCUGUAAAUGGGUAGCGAUGUGUCCGACGAUGCGGGAGCCGCAGGAUGUGAAUUGGGAUCGCGAGGUGGUGUAUGAGUGUAUCUGGAGUUUAUUGUGUCAAAUUGAAGGUCACAAUCGACGCUCGUCUGAGCAGAUUGCGACGGUUCUCAUGGCCCCAUUGGCGGCGGGUAUUGGGAAGGUGAGCAAGGAGCGCUGGGCGGCUCAGACGGUGAUGGCGAUGAGGCAAUUUGUGGAUGCGGUUGAGAGGCCUGAGGUGUGGAGUUCGUUGCAGUGGGAUACUAUUGAGAAGAUUUGCGAUGAUGUCUCGUCUACUUGGAAUGAUAGAUCAAUUGGUAAAUAG